AAACAAACUACUUAGUUUGUGCGUCUCGGUACAGCAAAUGGGCUUCGUUUUCAUUUUAUGACACUGGUAAAUAGGAAAUAUAUCAUGCUCUACCGGAAACUGGAUUUUUAUUAAAUUCUUGGAGGUAAAAUUUUACUUGCAAACGAUUUUUAUUAAAUUCUUGGAGGUGAUAGUUUACUUGCAAACAAAGGCAUUCGGCCAAUGAAAUUCUGAAACUUUGAAUUUUGGUUAGACGUGCAAAUUGAGAUGCAAUAAAAACAAGUCCUCAUAUGGACUCGGACAUUUGAACAAAUCAUUUAUCAUUUUAUCACAUUCACUAAAAAGUCUAAAAAAAAAAACAACAAAAAACAAAACGCUUAUCAUGAAAAGUUCAAUUAUUUCAUGUUGGUUUCCGCUCCUGACCUUAGGACUAAGGGUGUCCACUGUUCAUACCGUAAAACAUUCCGAUGCCGAAGCACUAUUAAAAGAUAUCUUUAGGAAUUAUUCAGCAAACCUUCUUCCAAAUUUGACAGAGGCUACAGAGGUUUCUGUUUAUCCUCUUAUUUUUGCUAUAAAUGAUUUUGACGAAGUUUCAGGAGUUAUAUCUGUUGUGUGUGGAAUUUCGUUGUCAUGGCAAGAUUUUCGAUUGACUUGGAAUCCGAAUAACUAUGGUGGUAUUACGGACUUUCCUAUUACGCCGAAGAACAUUUGGAUUCCGAACAUACUUUUGAUUAAUCCGGUGAAUAAAAUGGAAGCUAUAGGAGGCGACCAUUUCGUAGGAAGAGUGUUUCAUAAUGGCUUUGUGAAUUGGUUUCCUGGAUGUCUGAUUCAGACUCUGUGUAAUGUUAACAUGUAUAGAUUCCCUUUCGAUACACAGAAAUGCACUUUUAAUCUUGGUAUUUGGGGAUAUUCGCAUUUAGAAGUUGGACUGACUCCAUAUCAGAAUAUAUCAUACAUAAUAACAACAUUUUAUUCCCCUCAUGCUCAAUGGGAAUUGGAGCGAACCGGAAUGGAAAGACACCAUAUGGGACAAAACAAUAAUAUAAUUCAAAUGCAGUUGAUUUUGAAGAGGAAAUCUCUGUACUUUGUUAUCAACAUGUUGGCCCCCAUUCUUCUCCUGUCCGUACUAAAUCCUCUGGUUUUUGUGUUGCCCGUUGACAGUGGAGAGCGUGUGUCCUAUGCUAUCACGAUCUUUCUGUCCUUCGCUGUCUUCAUGACACUGCUCAGCGACAAUAUUCCAAAAUCGUCUGAACCAAUGUCGUUAAUGUCGUAUUUCCUUAUAGAAACUAUGGGUAUGAGCACACUGAUAUGCGUUUUGACUGUUAUCACGAUGAAUUUUCAUUUCAAAAAGUCUCAGUCACGAGUGUCCAGGAAAGCUGUGAUUAUUCUUAAUGUUCUGCAACUUCAGUUUCUGUGUCAGUUAUGUGAAAAGGAAACAAAGGAAUCUAAGAUAUAUGACAACGCGGAAUUGGGUGACAUUUCUAUACAAAACAUAACUAAUGAAGGCAAAUUACAAAAGGAAAAAGCAGGAGAGGAAAUAAGUUGGAAGACACUAGCAGAGGGAUACGACAGUGUAAUGAUGUACUAUUUUUACUUCUUUGUCUUUCUGCAGUGGUCCAUCUUCAGCAUUAUUAUAGCGUUUUAAAUUGGAUGCACAAGUUCUAAAUGAAGAGAAGUCAUCACACGUGUAGGAUGAGGUUGUCGUUUCAAAUAAUAUAUUGAGAAAGAUUACUUUGGUAAAACACAUUUUCGCUUGAAUAAGGAAUAAAGUGAUACAUGUGAAAAAGAAUUGUCCAUAGCUUUAGUAAUAAACCUCUCCGCUCCUUAUGAUCAAAUCAUAUUGCUCACUUUAUGAUAUAAGUUGUAUCACUAUCAACUGUACAUUGGGUAAAAGUUUUAUUCUUUCUGUCUUUGAGGAGAAAUGCACUCCUUGGACUGUAAUAGCAUUGGAAAGUUUCCAUUUCCCUAUAAAUUACAUCAAUCUAUAUAAAUACAUAAUUAUAAUCCUAUUAUUUAUAUCAACAUUUGACUUUGACCUGGUUCAGAUCCUCUAUACAGAAUGUUUGUGCAUUGCAACAUGCAAUUGAAUUACAUAGGAUGUGCAACAUUGAAUAUCAUUUCUAAGUUGAAUUUCUUACCCCAUUUCAUAAACUGAAGUCCGUAAUAGCUGACUGAAAAUUAUAAAACCGUUUGUACUUGCACUUAUGACAGCAAUUUUGACGGGUGUCUGGGCUCAACUGACAGUCGACUAAAGAUAAUGACAAUUUUUAAAUUCAUUUCGUCAUAUCUUGGGAAGUAUACGGAAUUUUGGGAGGAACUUUAGUAGCGAUGUACAUUGAUUAUGUGUGAUUAUCUCAGAAUAAAGAGUAUAUUUCAUA